AUGGCAAACCAAAGUAACACUAGUAGAAGUAUAUCAACAUUAGUCGCUGUUGAACAAUACAUGUCAAUAUAUGGCCCACUAAUAUUGACAACUCUUGGAAUAAUUGGUAAUAUUCUUUCUAUAUUAAUAUUUUUAUCUCCUCGAUAUCGCCGACAAUCAUCACAUUUCUAUCUUUUAUCCCUUGCGAUAUCUGACCUUUGUUUUCUAUGUAUAAAUCUUAUUGAAGACACAUUUCGUAAUCAUAAUGAAUUAUAUCAGUCCCGUAUAAACAUCCUUGAUCAUAGUUCAUCUAUUAUUUGUAUAUUUAUUCAAUAUGCAAGGAAUACAACGCGUUUAUUAUCAUCAUGGAUCAUUGUUUCAUUUACAAUUGAGCGUCUUCUUGUUGUAUAUCAUCCGUUAAAACGAGCUAUCAUAUGUCGUCGUAAAAUAGCACGUUUCGUUGUUUUUUUUCUUUUCCUUAUGAGUUUUUUAAUUAAUGUCAAUGUUCCAUUUCAUUAUGGAAUAAUUAAUUUAACGAAUAAUUUUGGAAAAGAAGAUACAAUCUGUGAUAUUUUACCAAAAUAUCGUUCAAUUUAUAUGAGAUUUGCUAUAAGCGCAAUGAUUACAGUUUAUUUGGUACCUAUGUGUAUAAUUGGAUUUGUUAACAUGCUUAUUUGUUCUAAACUUUGGAGAAAAAGUUUAUUAACAGAAAAAGAUAAUAAUGAUCAUUUAUGUGAACAAAGACAGAAAAUAAAACAUUCUCGUCGUCCAAUGAAUAUAUUGGAAUUAUUUUCAUGUUUGCAUCGAUCAAAGUCUACAUCAAAUAUUAUGAAACCAACUGAAAAAUUUGAACGACCACGUAUAUCUUCAUCAAAUCAAAGUCAAUCAAUUGGACCAUUGAUAACAACUAAAACGAAUAGAACUCAGAUCAAUAAUUAUCUUUCCACUGAAAGAAUCCGAAAUCCUACUAAGUCAAAUUCAUUUUUGAAUUCAUCCGUUCAUUAUACUCCAGGUUCAAAACCAUCUCCCACGUGUGUUAAAACGUAUAUUCAAUCUCGUGCAAAUCGUGUAACAGUAACACUUCUACUCGUAUCAUGCUCAUUUCUAUUAUUAAAUUCUCCAUAUUGUGCUGUAUGGAUUGCUAAUUAUAUUCAUGGAUUUCGUAAUGCAACCUUAAAAUCAAUCAAAGAAAUAACAGAGUUAUUUAUGUUAACGAACUUUUGUAUAAAUUUUUUAUUAUAUUGUGUCAGUGGAGAAGUAUUUCGCGGUGAACUUAUGUACAUACUUCAAUGCCACUGGAAAGAAUUAUAUAAUAGAAAUGACGGAGAACAUCGGGGAAGUAAUAAAUAUCGUCCAAAUGAUGAAAUACAGUUAAAAGAAUCAAAAACAAAACAUCGUCCAACAAACGAUGUAAUUAAAAAUCUCAAUUAA